AUGACUUCCACGGAAAUUAGACAAGGUUACAACGAAAGCAAGCCCUCUUCAAGGGUACUUAAACCUCCAGGUGGUGGUGGCAGUAAUAUUUUUGGGCCUGCUGCACCAUCAUCAUCUACCCAAUCAAAGGUUAAUCGUAUGGAAUCAAAUGUUUUCAAAGAACCCGAGAGUGGUCCAACACCCAAAACUUCCAAAAAAGAAGAUACACAUAACAACUUAUUUGGAGAAGAAAAAACUAAAGUCAAAAAAGACUUCAAUCCAGCAACUUUGAAAGGACAAGAAUCCACUCACAAUCCUAUAACAGGUUCACCAUAUGGAACUAAUCAAGAUGCUAGUGAUGAAAAAACUCAAACAAAAGGAUACUUCCAAGAUCCCAUUGCAAACAAAGGAGUAGCAGCAGCAGCAGAAGCUAAUGAAAUUUCACAUACCCGUAUAUCUCAACCUCCUGGUGGACACUGUCACAAGCUGUGGUGA